AUGCAGUCUCUCUCAGUGGGCCACACCCGCAUCGCAAUUGCUGAAGUGACCAUCUUCUCCCUCAUUCAACUGGUACAAUUUAUCACAAGAUUCAUGCAAGAAUGGCAGUACUGGCACCACAGAAGGGAGAGAAAUAUCCACAGAUGCGUGCUGUACUCCUGGUUUGGCAUGCUUGGGAUUUUAGCGCAGCUCCGAAUUGCGGGUUCCGCGAUGGUGAUUGCUGUUUCCAAUCCGAGCAAGUUGGUCUUAACGGCGGAGAUCAUUUUGCAAAGCAUCGGACUCUCGCCUCUGUUGUUUGAGGUGAGCCUUGUCCUGUUGCGAAGUGGACAAGCUGGACGAAGCGGUCCCGGAAACACAAAGUAUCCGAAACAUUUGCGUUUCUUGCUUCACGGCUUUCGCUUCCCAGUUAUCUUGUCUCUGGUCUGUGCCGUUGUGGGUGAGACAAUGAAUAUUUCCGUCUGCAAGAGUAUUGGCUCGGCCGUCUUCGUCAUUACCUUUGCAUUCGUGAUCGGACUUGUACUUUGGAUAGCAAUCGCGUACCGCACGGUUCUGCCCAGAAUCGGCCACCGCGGCGUGAUACUGGUCCUUGCUACUCUGCCAUUCUUGGCUGUCAGAAUCGCCUACUUUUUGCUGAGUGAGUACGGAUCAGCUGAAUUCAACGCUGUAGCUGGCAAAGAGGAGAUCAAAGUCGGUAUGGGCCUGUUGAUGGAGAUAAUCGCCACGGUGCUUUUGUUGCUAUCACGAGGCACAAUGGAGCCAUUUGGAUACAAAACUCUCCAUACUGAGGAACGCGAGACAGGGGACAGGCCUUGA